GCUGAAGAAUCGUGUACCAGGCAGACAGAACUGAAGUACCGGGGCCUCUUCCUCUGAGCCCGAAAUCAGUAGGUGACCCUGCCCCCUGGAUUCUGGAAGACACCAUGGGACGCCCCCCACCCCUUGCAGCUCUUUACUGGAGGAUCCUGCUCUUGCUGCUGGGAGCCUGGGCAGGAUGCGCCAAGGCACAGGGGUCCAAGAUCCUGGAGGGCCAGGAGUGUGAAGCCCACUCUCAGCCCUGGCAGGCGGCCUUGUUCCAGGGCCAGCGACUGCUCUGCGGGGCUGUCCUUGUUGGUGCCAACUGGAUCCUCACAGCUGCCCACUGUAAAAAAAUGAAGUACACAGUGCGACUGGGUGAUCACAGCCUGCAGAGUAAAGACGGGCCCGAGCAGGAAAUCACAGUGGCUCAGUCCAUCCAACACCCCUGCUACAACAACAGCGACGUGGAUGACCACAGUCACGAUCUGAUGCUCAUCCGACUACGUGGUCAAGCAUCCCUGGGGCCCAAAGUGAAGCCCAUCAACCUGGCGGAUAAAUGUGCCCAUGUUGGCCAGAAGUGCACUAUAUCGGGCUGGGGCACUGUCACCAGCCCCCGAGAGAACUUUCCUGAUACCCUCAACUGCGCAGAAGUGCAAAUCUUUUCUCAGAACAAGUGCGAGGAUGCCUACCCAGGGCAGGUCUCAGAUGGCAUGAUUUGCGCGGGCAACAGCAACGGGGCUGACACCUGCCAGGGCGACUCCGGAGGCCCGCUGGUGUGCGACGGCCUGCUCCAGGGCAUCACGUCGUGGGGCUCGGACCCCUGCGGGCGGCCCGAUAGACCUGGCGUCUACACCAACGUCUGCCGCUACCUGGACUGGAUCAAGAAGACCAUGGGAAAGAGGGGAUGAUCCUGGGGGGACCCCGGGCCUCCUUUAAUAAACUGACGAGACUGGC